UCUCCCUCACAACUCCACUUGACCGUUUUUCUAAAUACUUCUUCCUACAGACAACAAAAGGCUAAUAAAAGUCUACUUGAAAGAUAGAAAUAUGGCUAUGGACCUUGAGCUUGAUGAUGAUGUCUUCUUUGCAGACAUAAGCAAACAAAUCAAUCUCUUAAUCACAGAUGAAGAUGAACAGAUCCCUAUCUCACUCUCUUCUUCUAUCUUCCAGGGUUUGUUCAGAGAAAACUACCAAACAUCAUCAACACCACAUAUGAUGUACCAUGAGAAGAAUUACAGCCUACUUAAAGAGAGCAAAGGGACAGGAGUGUUCAUCCCAAGAUGUACUCAGCCAAGAAGGAAACAACAUAAUCAUCCUCGUCAGAAGAAGCAAGGGAGUGCCGGUUCCCUCAUCUCGAAGCAACAGUUUUCUCAUCAUGUUUAUGACAACAACGACACAACUCUCAACAGCAACCGAGAACACAUCACCCUUCAUCAUGAACCUUCUACCAACUCAAGAAGAGCCUAUAGAGAUGCAGCAUCUCUCUUCACUUAGUCUCCAUCAAAAUUCAAGACAUGGAUUUGUGUCAUUAUUUCAUAUUAUAUUUAUAAUUGGUUAUUGAUAUGUUAUAGAUAUUAUGUUUGUAAGAUCAGCAAAUAAUAAGAAUGAAGGAGGAACCGUGAAUCUAAA